GGCCGCGCGCCCGGCCCAGCCCAGCGGCCACCACCCGCCCGCGUUCCGGGCGUCGCCAGGGCCUCCGCCGAGGCCGGGUCCAGCCCCGCCAUGUCGUGCUACUGUCGGCGCAAGUACAAGAGCGGCGACCUGGUGUUCGCCAAGCUGAAGGGCUACGCCCACUGGCCGGCCCGCGUCGAGCACAUGGCCGAGCCCAACCGCUACCAGGUGUUCUUCUUCGGGACCCACGAGACGGCCUUCCUGGGCCCCAAGCACCUGUUCCCGUACGAGGAGUCCAAGGAGAAGUUCGGCAAGCCCAGCAAGCGCCGGGGCUUCAGCGAGGGGCUGUGGGAGAUCGAGAACAACCCCACCGUGCGGGCCGCCGACUACCCGCUGGCGCCGGGGGAGCGCGGCGCGGACCGGCCCGGGCCGCAGCCGGAGGCCAGCGCGGGCGACCGGGCCGGCCGCAGCGACCAGCCGGGGAAGCCGGGCGGCGACGGGCCGGCCGAGGAGCAGGCCGAGCGGGCGCCGCCCAAGCGGGGCGCGGGCGAGCUGCCCGAGGGCCCCCCCAAACGCCCCCGGGAGGCCGAGCCCGAAGCGGGGGCGCAGCCGCCGCAGCCGGAGCAGGAGCAGCAGCAGGAGGAGGCCGCCGCCGGGCGAGGGGCCGCGCCGCCCGUCGUGGAGCCGGACACCCGCGGCGCCGCGGCCCCGCCGCUCCCGGAGGUCCCCGAGCAGCGGGCAGAGGCCCCGGCUGGCGGAGAGCGCGACAGCCUGUAG